AUGGAUGAGAAGAUGCGCGAGUAUAAGCGCUUUCUAGAAAGUCGUGAGAGACCCACGGAUCUCUCGGACAACGACUUUGACACUUUUGUCAUGGAGGAUAACCUCUGGCGCAGAGAACCACAUGGCCGACACCAGCUAGCAGUGAGAGGAGAGCGGCGCUAUCGGAUCCUCAAGGAGGUGCAUGACGAUCUUGGGCACAAGGGUAUUUAUACUGUUCGUACACGCCUCCUCUCGCGCUUCUGGUGGCCAAUGAUGGUCGACAAUGUUAAAUGGUACACAAAAACCUGCCACGAGUACCAAGUCCGUCAGAAUAUUCGCCUGCACAUUCCACCCACUGUACCAAUCCCGGGCGGUCUGUUCCGCAGAGUACACAUAGACUGCAUGAUGAUGCCCAAAAGGCUAUUUCUACUCCAUUCCCUCCUUCACUACCCACUACGGAUGGCACCUGCUCCCAAACGCUUUAAAGGACUCUCCCGUACUGUCCACAUCAAAGAAGGACAUCGAUAUGCGAGGUUCUCAGAACGAUACAUCAAGCAAAGCAGUUUUGCACUGGAGAGAGAGAAUGGUCAGGCUAAAUACAUGUUGGAUAUCAGUGGUCUUGCUACAGAAACACUCAGCGCAUUGAGUGAAUUGCGCUCAGACCCUCCAAUGGAUGACACACCAUCCGACAUUAUUACAGAAGACUUUGGUAUGGAGUGGGAAACACUUCCCGAGCAUUUGCAGGAGAACGAAACCAUUGUCUGCGCGAUCCGGGACUACACAGACGCUCCUUGGAUUGGCCGUCACUACAAGGAUUCGAGAACAUGGCGUCGACGACUUCACAAUCUUCACGCCAACUGGGCUACGCUCAUUCCCUUGCUUGUUGAUGCCUACCUCCAGUGGAAAUCUUCGAUGAACAGGCUUCCUGCACCAAUAACAUCUAUCUCACAAUCUGCAGUUUGUCUUUCACCAUCUGUCGCCCUCAUGUCUCGUGGCUACAUAGGCAACGCUCCCCACCAACCCUCAUUCGCUGUCGCUAUUCGGACCCUUGAACUCUUCCGUCUUCUUUGGCUUCGCAAGCCCUCGUUGAGUGUAGAAGCAUUUGCUAAGGUGAUAUGUGAUACUUAUGCGGUCCCUUACCGAAGAUCUAAUCGCACCACUCUUUCUAGCACAUUCAACACAUAUCUCACAGUUUUACGUGUGGUCGAGAAGAGAGUCAACACAGCACUCCAACACGACACUCCCAACUGGCGAGUGCAGCAUGCAUGUCCCCCCUGCUCCUACGUACUGGCAAAUGAGCCCCCACUCGAGUUUGGACGUAUGUAUGUGUUUGACGGGGGCAAUUCAGCCAAGCGGAUGUUGACGCCUGGUGAACGCCAAGUGGGGGACUUACAUGUAUUCGAAGACAGCGAUUAUCUUCUCACCCGUACAUUUGUUGACGGUUUUGCAAACGAAGUGCACCCGAGAUCGGACCCUGACAUUACAAGACCCACCGAAGCUGAUGUCAUUGCUGAGACAGAUGAUGACCUGCCGGUGUCCAUCUCCUCUCAAGCCAUUGCUGCUGAGUGCAGUAAAAACUGGAAGGCCGCUGCAUCUGAUGAGAAGAAGAGAAUGUGGAAUAUUUUUGAUGAAACAGGGAUCUUUUGGCGAGCUAUAGGUCGCUUCUUUUUGGUUUACAAAAGUCGAUGCUUAAUAAUAGUACACAGUGCGAAAUACCCUCUCUCCAUCAUUGCGAAGGCUCUUGAAGUCCUUGGUGAAUGUUCUCUUGAAUCCAGCAGUCUCGGCCCACUGUUCAAGCAAAUGGACUGUCGCAUGUGUGUGGAUGUAUUUCAUGGGUUUGCGCAUAACUACAAGUGCCAGACGAGGCACCAUCCUUGUGGUAUCAAAGGUGCAGGUUUGGAAGACUUUGGCAUGGCUGAACAUAUAUUCUCAGCGUCCAAUGCACUUGCUCCGAUAAUCCGCUAUGCCAGCGCUUACAAUCGGCACGUUUCUCUCGACAUGUUUUUUAAACAGUGGGACACUGAAAAGUAUAUGAAUCUCGCCACAAUGAUCUUCAAUAACUACCAUCAGGCCCUCCAUAUAAUCACACAUGAAACUGUUAUGUUAGCUGAGGCCAUGGUGUCGCUUGGUAUUGUGGAGGGAGACUUUGCACUGUGGCAAGAGGAAGAAGUUCGGUACUUCAGUACACUUGGGCAGGAGCCGGAGUACGAUGUCCAUGCCAUGGUAUAUGUCGAACUCCUCCAAUCGCUUCGCGAUUUGGACGUGCCUACCAACUAUCAGUUCCAGCCCUCUCGAGACUCGUACGCAGCUGAAUUGGCUCACACUCACAAACUCGAGACUCAACGGCGCUACACCGCCGAGAAGCUUGAUACAGUGCAGCGUGAAGUUCUUGCGAUGGAGCGACUCAAUGUCGCACAAACAGCGUAUAAAAUGUGGACCCAAAUCUCGAAGUCCCUUCAAACACAUUGUCAAGCUAUCCAAAACGCCAUCAAGAAAUACAACGAGGCUGCUUUCCUUGACGAAUUCACUCUCCUGCGCAACACACAUCAAGAUAUUCGUGAUAAACCAUGGGCAAAGCCAGCUAUAUGUGAGACCAUGCGCCAACACCAACGCAUUCAACGAGCGCACGAAGAAGUUCUCCGCUGCAAUGUAGAAAUCCGAAGACUCCAUUCUGCCAUCCUGGAUGAACAGCGCCACUUCAAAAAGGUUAUCAGGGAGUUGGAGGCGGCUGCAGGAUCACCUUUGCUUGUAGCAGUGCAGGAGGCUGCUAAGAUCCGCACUCUUGUUAAUCAUCAACUUCUCAUAUGCAUCACUCAAGUCUAUUCUCUUCCUGGUUUCACCGGAAACCCCUCCCCUGGCAUCAGAGAAGGUGCGGUUGCAGAGGAGGACCCUGUGAAUGAUGACCUUGAACCUCAUGACGAGUUGAAUGAACCUCACAGCGAUAAUGAAGCUGAUGCAUUGGAGGAGGAUGACCUCUGCACAGAUAUAGGAACUGUUGUAGAAUAUAUCUCAGACUUAGCUCUUUAUGUGGCCAAGAUUUGGACGAGAAAGUUUUACGCUGUUGUGGUGGGCCAUGAAUCUGGUAUCUAUUUUACUUGGGCUGAAUGUCAACUCGCGGUCAACGGCUUUUCCAAACCUGUCUACAAGAAACUCGCUUCAUUCUCAGAAGCUUUAGAAUGGUUCAUCACAAAGGGGCACCGUGUGGGCAAUGCCACUAAUCAAUGUUCUCGCAAGUCCACACCAAUCGCCCAAAGGGGGGCAACUUUGAAUUCCGCUACGUUUGACACAACUGACGUACCACAGCUGCAAAACUUGACACUCAACGUCAUGACGGAUACCCAUCCCGUGUCUACAGUGCAUGUCCAGAUGCCUUCACACUCCUGCAUGGGUGCCACAACAAUGGAGCAAGUCCAGACGCCUUCACGCUCUCGCACGGGUGCUGCAACAAUGGAGCAAGUCCAGACGCCUUCACGCUCUUGCACGGGUGCUGCUCGUGCUUGGCGAGUACCAGGGCAGGGACAAAGUCAACAGCCAGGUCAUCGGCAAGUCUACUAA